AUGGAUAUCUUUCAAGUUUUAACCAGAGGCGCUAAUGUCAAGAAAAGCAACCGUUCAGGCGUCAACGCUGAUUUCAGCAAGAGCAAGACCGAUCAAAAUGUCACAUUUUUGCCGGGAAGUACCAGAAAACAAGAUACCGAUCAACAGCUAACAAAGGAACUAGACUUUUUUCGCAACAAGAGAACAGUCCUCAAAGCCGAAAAAGAGCACCAGGCUACUGAGGAUAGUCUCACCACUAGCCCCGAAAAACUUUCCAACACUCCGGUAGAUGAUCGCGCAACGCUCAGGAUAUCUAAUGCCGAGGAAGCCGCUCAGCUCAGAAAAUCUUACGGUGGAAAUGUUACAGGAGAAGAUUUACCGCUACCAAUCGGUUCAUUUGAAGAUCUUGUUACUCGCUUUAAAUUCGACAAGCGUCUCUUAUCCAAUUUAAUCGAUUCGCACUUCACAGAACCUACUCCCAUUCAGUGCGAAGGUAUUCCAAUGGCGCUCCAGGGCAGAGACAUCCUAGCCAGUGCUCCCACUGGAUCGGGUAAAACUCUAUCCUUCGUACUACCUUUACUGCAACAAGCUAUCAAUUCGCGAAAAACUGAGGGCCUUAAAGGGCUAAUUAUUUCGCCCACGAAGGAAUUAGCGAAUCAGAUAUACUUAGAGUGCGUUAAGCUGAGCAAUAAGAUUUUCCUUGACAAGAAGCGUCCUCUUGCUAUCGCAUUGCUCAGCAAGUCACUCAGUGCCAAACUGAAAAACAAAAUCAUCAGCGAAAAGAAAUAUGACAUCAUAAUCUCCACACCUUUACGUCUGAUCGAUGUGGUUAAGCAAGAAGCGUUAGAUCUCUCUACCGUUAAACAGCUGGUUUUUGACGAAGCUGAUAAGUUAUUCGAUCAGACUUUCGUAGAACAGGCAGACAGCAUUCUAGCGUCCUGCCGGGACCCGCAACUCCGUAAAACAAUGGUUUCUGCAACGAUGCCCUCCGGAUUAGAAGAGAUCGCACAGAGCAUCAUGAUGGAUCCAGUGAGAAUUAUUAUCGGACGUAAGGAAGCUGCCAAUUCCAACAUUGAACAAAAGCUCGUCUACUGCGGGAAUGAAGAGGGUAAGUUAGUAGCCAUCAGGCAAAUGGUCCAGGAAGGUGCGUUCAAGCCACCAGUUAUCAUUUUUUUGGAAUCGAUUACUAGAGCAAAGGCCUUAUUCCACGAAUUACUUUAUGAUAAUUUGAAUGUCGAUGUUAUACACGCAGAAAGAACGCAGAUCCAGAGGGAUAAGAUUAUAGAAAGAUUUAAAACUGGCGAGAUAUGGUGUUUGAUCUGUACAGAUGUCUUAGCUCGGGGUGUUGAUUUUAAGGGGGUAAAUUUGGUCAUCAACUAUGAUGUACCCAGAUCUGCCCAAGCAUAUGUGCAUAGAAUCGGUAGAACCGGUCGGGGUGGUCGUAGCGGUACUGCUGUGACGUUUUAUACCAAGCUUGAUGAUAUCGCCGUUAAGCCCAUUAUUAACGUAAUGAAGCAGAGUGGGACUGAGGUAGCUGAAUGGCUCGACAAGUUCUCGAAAAUGACGAAGAAAGAGAAGGAAGCUUUGAAAAAAGGUAAGAAAUCCGGCGACAGAAGUCAAAUAAGUACAGUACCAAAAGUGGUAAAGCAGAAGAAACGCCAACGAAAAGAAAUGGUUGAGGCUUCAAAAAAACGCAAGCGGCUGGAAGAGUAA